AAAAGAAUAUAUGAAGUAUCAAGCAGAAGAACGGCCAUGUUAUUUGAUGGAUGAAUAUCCAUAUUUUUUAUCUGGAAGGCAAGGUAUGAUACCUUCAACCGACGUCCACCUCGAAUCGGAAGUCUACUCAAAAGAUCAAAACUAUGUAUUCAAAUUGACAUGCUAUGCAUUUGUAAAACCAUUUGGAGAAGCUGCGUCAUUUUUGUUUGAUUAUAUUCAAGUAGAUGCAGUGAGAAAUGUCGAGAACACAUGUUUUCAUGCAAAUGGCAAAUGUCUUCCUGAGAAGUGUUUCUGUUGUACCAACGAAGGUCUUUACGUUUUUCUACUGGUAUUAAAAAGGUCUGACAUAACUGAUUUGCGAAGUGUAUCUUGUGAAAUAAGAACCGACAAACCAUUUAUGAAAAGUAUUGCCUCGAUUGAUCUUGAUAGCAAAGAUUUUACAGCUACUGAGGCAGAACCUAGUAUUAGGAAAUCAAAUAUUAAAAUAAAAGAUCUAGCAACUCCUGAAACCAAAGAUCAAGAUAGAAUAAAAGAUAAGACAUCCAGUAAAGCUACUUAUCAAAAUAUUCAGGAAUCCAAACCAGAUAUAAGUGAAAAAACGUAUAUUGCAACAAAUGAUUUGGAUACAAUAAAGGAAAUUGAUGAAAAAGAUAUUACCGACAAUGAAUAUAGCAGUCAUAUGUCUGCGUUUCCAAGUAUUUUUCUUGUGAUUGGACUGUUUGUUGCACUACUUGGCUACCAAACCUGCAUACGACGAUCUAAUAAUAGAGAGAUAUCCAAGAUAUGUUUUAGGACGAAAAACAAAGAACAGAAAGACAGAAAACCUUAAAAUUGUC